UCGCUCGCGCCGGUAGCACGCACGCGCGAUGCUCCCGUGAACAGCGCUUUUAUAUAUUUUUUUUUUGGAAAAAAAAGACAUAAACAAAAAAAUGUCGGUGGUUAAGGAGAGGACUGGGGACGAGCAGCAAGUCGGACUGAAGCGAGAGCUCGGAUUGUUCAGUGCGAUCAGCAUGAUCGUGGCUGUGAUGAUCGGCUCUGGGAUCUUCGUCUCGCCAACGUCGGCCUUAGAACGAUCGGGUUCGAUCGGUCUUUGUCUGAUCGUGUGGAUCGUGUGCGGUGGAUUGUCCCUGUUGGGUGCUUUGUGUUUCGCAGAGCUGGCCGCGGUGGUGCCGCGCUCGGGCGCCGAAUACGCUUACUUCAUCGACGCCUUUUCACCGCUUCAUCGAUACUUCGGGCAACUGCCCGCCUUUAUUUGUGCCUGGGUCUUCGUCUUUGUUCUCAGGCCCGCCGAGGUUGCUGUCAUCACACUCACCUUUGCCGAGUACGCGGUACAGCCGUUUGUCGGAUUAUUUGGUGAAUUGUGCCCUGACACUUUGAAUCAGGUGAAAAAACUGAUCGCUAUUCUGUCACUUGGUUUGAUGGUCUACAUAAACAUCACCAGCGUCAAACUAUACGUGAAGGUGCAAAAUAUUUUUGGAGUGUGCAAGAUAGCUGCCUGUGUACUUGUGGUUAUCGGUGGUGUUUACUGGCUCGCAAUCGGUCACACGGAACGCCUACAAGAUCCGUUUAAAAAUUCGGAUUGGUCGCCAGGCUCGCUAGCGUUGGCCUUCUACAGCGGCCUAUGGGCAUACGACGGUUGGACAGCCGCAGCCAUAGUGGCCGAGGAAGUUCAACGCCCGGAGGUGAAUAUUCUGCGAAGUAUCCUCAUCGCUGUGCCAGUCGUCACUGUCCUUUACGUGUCUAUGAAUCUCAUGUACAUGACUGCACUUGGCACUCAAGAGAUGAUUAAGGCCCCCGCCGUAGCUGUACUUUGGGCCGAGAGAGUGUUGCCCAGUUGGCUGGGCUUCACCAUUCCUCUUGGCGUUGCACUCUCCACUUUUGGUUGUGGAUUGAGCGUACAGUUUGGGGUUACUAGAUUAUGUUACGUAGCCGGUCGUGAGGGCCACGUGCCACGUUUCUUCAGUUGGGUACACUUCGAGAAGAUGACGCCGGCAGCGGCGGUCGCCCUGCAAGGUCUCCUCACACUAUUAUGUAUGCUCAUGGGCAACAUAAUCGAGUUAAUUGAGUUUGCAAGUUUUCUUAUUUGGGCGUUUUACGGACUAGCCGCCGUCGCCUUGGUGAUUAUGCGCCGAACGAAAGCCGACGUCCACAGGCCUUAUCGCGUGCCUAUUAUUGUGCCGUGGAUUGUUAUUCUCAUCUCUGUCUUCCUGUCUGUCAUGCCAAUUAUCCAUGAUCCUUCGCUAAAAUAUCUGUUUAUCUUGAUGUUCAUACUCUUAGGGUAUGGCUUUUAUCAUUUUUACGUGUACAACAAGGUUAAAAGCAAAUUUAUGAGGAAACUGACAUAUCUAGUUCAAAUGCUGUUUUUGGUCGUUCCACCAGUAGAGUUAGAGAAUGGAAGCGAGGAAAAAGCUAACCGAUGAUGCCUUAAUAUAGAAUUCACUGCAAAAGCCUGCUAUUUGCCAGAACAAAAGUGCUUUAACACUUCAAACUCCGAGGCUGUGAGAGAUAAAGAACCUACAUAUCAAAAGAUAAAAAGUGUUCCACGAAUAUAUGUUUCAACGCUGGGAAUCGAAUGAACAUUCGUAUUUUAAAGCCUCUAUUUGUAAAAUAUAUACAAGUCUUUUUAAUUUUUAUAUCGAUAAAUAUUGUACAAACAUUUGUAUAUAUACUGCCAAAUAACAAUUGAAUGUAUGGUGUCGAGUACCUGAUGAUGUAUGGUACAUAUAUUUAUUAUGAAAUAACAUUUCUAGAGAAUCAAUUAUAUCAAAUGUUUAUACAGUUUUCCAUGUUUUUAAAUAAAAUGUUUUAUAAGUAUGUAUUAGCUAUAGUA